GUUAAAGUCCAUGAACUUUACAAAUCAACGCAUCACAUGUAUCAGAUACAGAUAGUAAGAAGUAAAGUCAGCUGUGUAGAUAUUAGCGUAUUCUUGUCGCAGUCUAAUUGAAAUAAUGGCUGAUCAGAGACAAAAGUUCCAUGCGUCUAUUGUCCGUAAGCAGUUACAACCUGGGGCGGCCUCAGCGAUUUACCAAUCACAACGCGAGUUGGCAAUCUCUUUGGAACUUUCUUAUCUGCACCUGGCAGAUCAUCCGGAUGUCGCCAGAGAGAGCCCGAAAAUCAUCGAGAAAGCAUUCGUUAAGAUUAUUGAACAAGCGGAAAUUAUGAAAAAGGAAUCGGAGGCCGCAUUUUCAAGUAGCAAGAAACUUCAAAAAGAGCUGCAAGAGAACCUGGCGGCUGUAGAAGAAACUGCCAGUAAUAUCAAAAUAGAAACCACGCGCCUUAAAUCAGAAAUUGAGAAAGAACUACAGAUGGAAAAUGAUGCGCGUACGCGUUUACAACAACUGGAGGAGGAAAAGAAACAGCUGGAUAAGGAUUUGCAAUCGUUGACUAAAGACAAAGAUUUGCGUCUUAAAUAUGCAAAUUAUUUAGGUCUGCCAGUGGAUGCCGACGAAACAUUCCUGGAUAACAUUAGCCCACGAAACGGUUUGUUUAAAGAGUUUCUUUACCUAUUUCGGAGAAUCGUAAUGGGAGUCACGAAGGAAGAAGAAGAGAAGCGUCUCGUGCAGGAAUACCGAGACGUAAAACACAAUUACGACGAAACAUUGACAGAACAACAAACUGUCGAAAAUCAUAUGAAAGAGACAGAGGAAGAAUCACAUCAAUGCCAUGCUAAGAUGAAGGACUUAAGAGUACAACAAGAAGGCUUCGGCAAUAUUAAAAACAUUCAAAAAGCCUUGAAAUAUCUGGGGCAAAUGGAUGGUCAUUUAUCAAUUAUAAUUGACAUGUGGGAUGAUUUUGCUCAUACACUCAAAUACAUGAAUGAACGUAUCAAAGCUGGGGAUGUGUACAUUAAGAUGAUUGAAAAGGAGGAAUUCGCAAACCUAUUCAAGGAGUCUAUCAGUCGGGCAGAAGAGGACUGGCAGUUGUUUGCCGAGAUAUGUAACGGAUACGUGGAGGAAAACGAAGAACAAAUCUAUAUUAUAUACGGUUUUCUGUCAUCACCUAUUGACUCCAUGUCGGAUUCCGACAUAUCAGACCGGAAGAAGAAACUGCUUUCGUCUUUCAAGUCGGAUAGUGUGUCAGUCGAGGAGAUAACCGUAGAUUCUGAUGCUUGCUAGUUAGUUUUUUAUUGUCAAUCAAAGUCAUCUGUGAUUAGGAGAUAAAUGCGCGCUCAAAUCUAUAUUUAAUGUAUUUCAUCUUUGAAUGUUUAAAUUGACUUUUCUUUCAUUAUUGUAUGAUAUUAAACACAUACUUGUUUUAUAUAGUGUAAAAGCUAUGUAGGAUAUAAUUCGGUGUAUGGAUAUAGAUUUCAAGAAUCGGUAACAAUCAACUACAGCAUAUUUCGGUUUUAGCGUAAAGAAUAGUAUGAUAUAACCAUUUUUUUAAACCACAAAAUAAGAUAUUUUAUGAACGUUUGACACUUAAAAUAUUACGCACCAAAUAAUUUUGCACAACAUACAUUAAAAUGUCCGUUCAUAGAAAAUUGAAGACCGAUCUUUGUAAAAAAAUUCGCGUUCUGCAAUAUUUCUGAUUGCUUCAAAGAUGGCCGCCAAACAUUGAAAACUUGCAGAUCGCGUAAAUUAUAUAUUCUAUAGCAUAUCAACACAAAUCUUAAAGCUUGCAUUAGAAUCAGAGUUAGAAUUAAAUUGCACAACAUUUUUUUUGUUAAAGGGAUCUUUUCACGCUUUCGUAAAUUGACAAAAUUGAAAAAAGUUGUUUCAGAUUCGCAAAUUUUCGUUUUAGUUAUGAUAUUUGUGAGGAAACAGUAAUACUGAACAUUUACCAUGGUCUAAUAUAGCCAUUAUAUGCAUCUUUUGACGAUUUUAAAACCUCAAAAUUAUAAAGCGUUGCAACGCGAAACGAUUGAAUAAUUUGGAGAGUUCUGUUUUUGUCGUUAAAUUUUGUGAAACUACGAAGAUUGCUUAUAUAAGGCAUAAAAUACUUCAAGUAUAUGUACUCGGCGGAAUAGCUCAGUAAGCUAAAGCGUUUUUACUUCAGGACUCUGGCAGGACUCCAGGGGUCACUGGUUCGAAACCUGGUCCGGACAAUGUUCUUUUCCUUUUUUUAAUUUUAUUCUUGAUUUUUUUACUGGAGCUUUUACGAUCCAAUGUUUACAUUUAUCGAUAUAAAGCAUUUAAUGAAUGAGCUAAAAAAUGCAAAAAUCUGUGAAAAGGCCCCUUUAAAAUACUAUAUGCAAAUGAAAGGAUAAAAGGAUAAAACAAGGUCGACAAAGACGAUAAUGGAAGUUUAUGAGUGGUGAUUAUUUGAAUGCAUAAAUUGUUUUAACAAAUAUAUGUUACGUCUUCUCACCACAUAUCUUGUAAACGGGGUAAUCCGAACAUUCAGGCGCUAUUGGCGUUUUGUUUCUAAUGCAUUUAAUCACUCCGUGAGUAGUUGAUUAAACUUAAAGUAUGUUGUUUUUUUAAUUAAAUGGAGAUUCCCUAUUGCAACAUGACAGAUCAUUAUGUGAGGAAAAAAAGCAUUCAGUAAUACAAUUUGCUCGAUGUUUUAACGCAUCACAUCCUAAUAUUGCUAAUAUGUUACAUAAACACUAGGAUUUGUUACGAUUAUCAGACAGAGAUAGUGUGAUGUCCUUACAUACAUCUAUCUCUUCUAUGGCCUAUAAACGACCUUAGAAUAUAUAUAUAUAUAUAUAUAUAUAUAUAUAUAUAUAUAUAUAUAUUAACAGUCAUGUACGAUUCCAAUAACAGUACUCAAAAUACAUUUAUCGGGAAAAUAAAUACGACGGAGACUGGUUUGUCCUAUGAUUAACAAUAUGAUGUGAUUGUACAGGCCUUUCCUGUAAUAUAUUUCCAUUUGUUUUUUGUGUGCUAGCUUUAGCUCUGAAGUUUUGUAGAAAUUUAAAUAUGACACAUGCAAUUUAGAAUAGAAUCAAGUACAUUGAAACAUUAAAAAAAUAUCGUUUUACAUCUAAAUUGCCAUAAAAACUAUUUUCGAAGAAUACGAAUAAAAUUAAGUUGUCUGACCAUUUACUCGAUCUCAAAAAUCGUGUUCCCGAUGACAAUGCAUAGCAUGCGAUUCAUUUAUGCAUUUAAAUAUGAUGGUUUGAAUAAAUUAUGUCAAUUAUGUUUAUCAAGUAAAAAUAGUUUUUUUUUAUUGAGGAUCAUAUUUUUGGAGUUAUAUGGGAAGGAGCGCUGAGUUAAAUUAAAAAUUGACUUGAACA